AUGACAUUUGAUGAACAUAAUGACUAUGGAUUGAGUACCUUACCAUUAGGAAAAGACGUGGUACCAGCCAGAAUUACUCCUGAAAACGUCAUAGGGAUGCUCCGGACGCUGCUGGCCUUCUAUUUAUUAUUUUGUAGCACUGUUUACUCCAGAAAUGGAGUUUUACGAGUAAUGACUUUCAACAUAUGGUUGUCAGGAGCAUCAGUGCAUAAUGGCCUACAGAAGAUAGCCAAGCACAUAGCACUCGUCAAUCCGGAUAUUGUAGCACUUCAGGAAGUUGAAAAUGUUCACGUGAUUGGGAAUCUCACACAGAUGCUAGGAGGAACGUGGACUGGCAUAAACCACCGCAACACUACUUUGCCGGAUACUGCAAUACUUACACGGCACGAGAUUCAUCCACACUCCUACGCAGAUGUCAGCAAAGGAGUAGGCGUCAAGAUAUUGGUGGAUCAAUGGUAUUUCGUCAAUUUCUGGUCGUUGCAUUUGGAUUAUCUUGCUUUUGGUCCAUAUGCGGCCUAUAACAAGAUGGUCACUUCUGUUGACCAAAUUAUGGCUGGAGAACAUCCGAGAGCUAGACAUGGUCGUGAACAGAAUAUGGAAGAACUGCGAAAUAGUUCGAGAAUGACAUCGAUGAGAAGGAAAUCAGCUGCUGUGCCAGUCAUCGUCGCUGGUGAUUUUAACUGCCCUUCGCAUCUUGACUGGGCAGAAUCAGCAAAAGAUAGGCAUGGGGGCUGGGCAGUCCAAUGGCCGGCAACAAAAAUUAUGGCAGAAAUGAACUUCACCGACUCCUUCAGGGAGGUUCACCCGGACAUUGAUGCGCAGCCUGGUAACACAUGGUCGACCGUGAAUAAAUUCAACGCAGAAUGGGAUUAUGCCAUUCCAGAACCGCAGGACCGAAUUGACUUCAUAUUCUACUUAGGUAAAAUCAAGCCAAUCAACUCAUUCAUAUACGCAGGAACGGAGCAGUUGAAACCUAUUCCAUACCAUAAAGACAACGAUUAUCCAUCUGAUCACUUUGCCGUCGUUACGGAAUUUAGUGUAGACGAACUUCGAAAAUGAAAUAGAUUGGUUGCUCGUCUUCUUUCCAUAUCUGUUUGCUCAAAUUUGUCCAGUCAAUAAAUACGGUUC